ACUGUCAACUUUGGAGAGAUAUGUCAAUUUGAAACAGCUGAGCCAGUUUGUGAAGACGCUAAACGAAAGAUUUUUUAUUGUAAAUUAUUCACAUUAAUUAUAAUAAAAUACAAAUAGAAAUGGCACACAAUCCUUUAGACAAAAUACACGCAUUAGAUGAAAUCGAACAAGAAAUUAUAAUGUGUCUACAAAGUGCAGGUCAGGCGAUGCAGGAACUCAGCAAAGAAAAGUCUUCGCAAAAAAGUGCGGAAACUCAAACGCAGCAAUUUAUCAAAUCAUUAUCUAAUGUGGAAUCAAAGUUAAGCGAGCAGAUCAAUUAUUUAACACAAGUGUCCACUGGACAACCACAUGAGGGCUCUGGAUAUGCCUCGGCGAAAGUACUGCAAAUGGCUUGGCAUAGAAUACAACAUGCACGUUCCAGAGUGCGUGAACUAGAAGAGUCUAAAGCAAAAUAUACACACGCCGCACGACAACAACAACAGCAGCGGCAACAGCAACACGCCCAGCAAUUAGCGCAACAACAGCAACAAAUGGCUCAACAACAGCUUCAACAAAGUCAUGACAAUUCUAUUAAUCCAGGAAUGUCUAGUGGUGGAGCAACACAAAUGGGACAACAACCUCCCAAUUAAGACGAAUUAAUAAAUCAGUCGAUUAUUUUGUAUUAGGAACUUAGUAUAAGAAUUUAUUAAAAAUAAAAUUUGGUUUAAAUGA